AACCACGAUUGCGCCCAGCUUACCUUUUUCCAUUCAAAAAACGCAAUACGAUUGCGCUCGACCAAUUAGCACUAUCGCGCCAGUCUAUAACCUUUUUUACCUGCAUAAAACGCAACACGAUUGCGAUCUAAUAUAUAUAUAAUAUGUGUUUGUCCCGUAUAUGUAUAUGUUAUAUAACGAUUUUCUAGUACACUAUUUAAAAAUACAGUCGGACUUGGUUUUCCUUGGAUUUGAUUUCCCCAUAUGUACAACCGAGUAAUCGAGAUAAUGUUUUAUUGUUAAUUUAUCUUAUUAUCCAUGGACUGCAGAUAUCAGUAUGCGUCAAUGAUAGUGUCGUGAUCGGACUUUACAUUUGAGCUGCAAUUGACUGUUGGCUGUUGACUGUUAACUAUUUUAAACCGUGUUUAACUCACUAGCUGUUCCGUAAAGUGUAUCGUCGUGAAAAUAAUAAUAGUGUAAAACAUGGAUCUAUGUAUAUCAAAAAAGUUCGAGACUGAGAAAGGUAAACCAUGCAUAUUAGUAAAUGGUCAUAAAUAUAGGGAAUAUAAAAUACUUAAAAGCGUAGGCAGUAUUCGGUAUCGGUGUACUAACAAAAAUUGCCAAUCGAGUAUAUACGUUGACAAUAAUGUUACGAAAGUUCUUAGCAUGCUUAAUGAACACAAUCAUGAAAAUAUUUCGGAAAAUAUCGUUAGUAGACAAAUAAUAAAUUCACGAAUUAAAAGAAAAUGUGAAAACGACUUAUUCACAAGGCCGAACAAAAUAAUUCGACAAGAACUACGUAGCACUGAAAAUGAUUUACAAACCGUCCAUUCUGAUAUCAAAUUAUGGAGAAAAAGUAUGUACGAUUUCCGUAAAAAAAAAUUACCAACAAUUCCAAAAUCACUGGAAGAAUCAAAAUUUCAAUUGUUUAACUUGCGCGAUACUCUUAAAACUAAUUUAGAUGAAUAUUUUUGCUACAUGGAAGAAAUUUCAAAUAUAGUUGUAUUGACUUGCCCAACUAAUCUGGAUAUAUUAAGUCGUUCAAAUCAUAUUUUUGCUGAUGGCACAUUUUUACAUUCGCCAAAAUACUAUGAUCAACUGUACACAAUUCAUACGCUACAAAACGGUUUUUAUAUUCCUUUAAUAUACUGUUUUUUGACGUCAAAAUCAACUGAAUAUUAUGUAGAUAUGUGGCGCACUAUUAUAAAAUUAUGUUUAAAGUUGACAGGCAUAAAUGUAUUAAUAUCAUUGGCUAAUUGUAAUUUUCAUUUCGAUUUCGAAAAAAGCGCACACAAUGCUAUUAAAGAAUGUUUUCCGAAUAGCAAAAUUAUGGCCUGUAGAUUCCACUUAGGUCAAAGUUGGUUCAGAAAAAUCCAAAGCAAUAGCGACUUAUUAAAAGAAUAUAAUUCAAAGUCAGAAAUAGGCCUUUGGUUAAAAUGUUUUUUCGCUCUUGGUUUUUUACCCGAAAAUUUAGUCGGUGAUGGCUUUUCUUGUUUAAUCGAAAAUGCUCCUACUGACAACUUUUAUUUUUCGGAUUAUAUAUUUGACAAUUAUGUAUGCCCUGAAGCGGUUUUUCCACCAUUUGUAUGGGCUGGUAAACCUUCAGAAGAAGCUCGAACAACCAAUGGACCAGAAUCAUUCCACCGACAUUAUAAUUCGCAGUUUUACACAUCACAUCCUUCAAUUCAUGAAGUUAUUAAUAUAUUAUUAGACAUUCAAAGUGAAACAUACUUAAAAAUUAGUAGUAUUAAAACGAAUAAUAAAAACAAACCACGAAAAGAACAAAUUGAUAAAUUGACAUUUAUAACGGAAACAUGGACAAAAUUAGAAAAAAAUGAAAUAUCUCUGCUAGAAUAUUUGAAAGUAAUGGGACCAAAAUUUUGUGCCACAAAAUUGUAAUUUAUACAUUUGUAUUAUUUUUAUUCUUAUUAUUAUUAUAAUUAAAAAAAUAUUUAAUUGGACAUUUUUAAUUAAAAAGAAAUAUCUAUGCUAGAGUUACUAUUAGGGUAUUAUUAUUAAAAAAAAAAAAUUGUAACUCAAAAUUUUUAACCAAGCCAACAAUUUAAUUUUGUUGUCAGUCCUAAGCCUGUAAAAUUGGGAAGGAAAAUUAUUAAGAGCGCAAUCGUGUUGCGUUUUAUGCAGGUAAAAAAGGUUAUAGACGGGCGCAAUAUUGCUAAUUGGUCGAGCGCAAUCGUAUUGCGUUUUUUGAAUGGAAAAAGGUAAGCUGGGCGCA